AUGGCGCGCAAAUCCGGCCGCGUAAGAGCUUCCAAGGCGGUCUACACUGAGGAUCCAUUUGCUGUCGCCGGCAUCAGCGACGAUGAACCAGAUGAAAACCCUCCGAAAAGGGCCAGAAGGUUGAAGCAGGAAUCCCCAUCAGACGAUGAAUUCGUUGGCGGCGACGAUGAUGAAGAAGAGGAAGAGGAGGAUGAUGACGUGGAUGACGAGGAAAUGGAAGAUGCAGCUGCCUCUGAAGAAGCUGCCUCUGAAGAAGAAGGGGAAGCAGAGGAAGAUGGAAGAAGAUCCCCCGAUGAGAUGAUCGUCAAUGUUAACGCGGCCGCAUUCAUCCCAAAAAAGAAGGCUGCGACCUCAACCGCACGACCUAGAACAAAAGGGCCCGAUGGCUCAAUGGAGAUCGAUCCCAAUGAAACGCAUUACCGGGGUGGCCUGAAUCACAACCACAAUACCUCGAAAGAAAUGCUCUAUAGAUUUGCAUUUGGAUCAGAUGAACGGGAUCUCUUUGCCGCAUUGUACCAGCGAGACCAAUGGCUUGAAGGUGGAGAUGCAUGCCUCCCCCGUCGCAAUACUCUUGAGAAUCUAAAGAGACAGCCCGACUAUCCAUAUGGUCCUACUUUAGGCCUUAGCCCCGAGGAUUUUGAAGCUGAGAGCAAGUCCGCGUGGGAUUGGUAUUACGAUAAGGACAUUGGAGACCGAUUCCGGGCCACACAGCACUUUGAAAAACUGAAGAAAACCGAUAUCAAUAACUAUCUCGCGAAGCCGCCAACCAAAAAGCAUACAGUUCUUAUGGGGCCAGCAGACCAGCAGACCCAGAUUGAUCUGGGCUAUGAUGCGCCUUAUGAUUACAGCAAACCCUGGGCUUUCACCAGCGGAUCAAAUAACCAAAAACCCAGAAAACCUGCUCGUGAAGGCUGGCUCAUGAGUUUUGGUCGCAAAAUUCAAUGUUUGGCCUGGGCGCCAAACCAAGAAGGGCUUUCUCAAUACCUGGCUGUGGUGGUCCCAAUCACCGAGGCACAGAAAAAGGAAUGCAGCUCUCUUGGAGCAGAUUCUGGUAAUUCAUUUCAACCGACACCCUCGUAUCCUUGUGCUCUACAGCUGUGGGAAUUUAAGGGGAAAGAAAUUGGAUGUCCAACCAAAUCGCUCGACAUGAGCACAACACCGCAAAGACGACUGGUCGUUUGUACAGAUUGGGGCGACAUACGCAGCAUUGCUUGGUGCCCAAUGCCCCGAGAAGAGCGACACGAGGACAGCGAGGGGACACACAAAGUAUAG